UCAGAGCAGAGCAGUCGGAUCGCGAUCAGUCCAUGGAAUCAGUUGACCCACGUGCCGAGCAUAGAAACUAGCUAAUAAAUACAUCAGCAGAUCGUUCAGCUUUCGAAUUGGAAUUAAAUAAAACAAACACACAGCGGCAGCGGCUGAUAAGGCACCUUUGGUGCAGGCAAAAGGCAAAAAAAUCAAAUACCCCAAAAUAUAUACAGAAAACAUAUACUCUGGAAUACGUAUAGCGACAUUCAUUUACGUUCUGUCAAGAUGAUGUCACAUACAGUGAGAGUUUUCAAGAUGAUGUACAUUGUGGCAGGUAUACUCAUCAGCAAUGCGGAGAUCUGUGACACAGUGGAUCGCAUCCAGAUAGCGCCACGCGUCGAUCUGAAGCCCGAUUUUGAUCAGAGAGCCCUGACCUCGGGCGGAAAUAGUCCCGGCUCUCGUUCCCGUACCCAUUCCCGUUCGAGUUCCGGUUGUGGUUCGGGUUCCGAGGAUGGUGCUCCCACCAAACGUCGACGGGUUAGCGUUUCGGGCAUAGCUGGUGGCGUGGUCAGAGGUGUCACCAGUCAGGUAUCCAAACGGGUGGGACAUCGCUUCAACUGGCUCUCGGACAUUCAGCUGAUCCUGCAACAGUGGCGAGUCCUCGCACUCAGUUUCAACCUCUGGACCAUACCCAACUUCCUCGUGCAAUGCCUCACCAGCUACAUGAGCAAGAAGCUGUUCCUUAACAGCGACUGUGAUAUGAUCUACAAGUAGACUAGGCAGCUACACCAAGAGGUUGCGAAUUUAUUGUUACUUUAGUUCAUUAGUUUUAACAUAGUGUUAAGAUUUGAAUAAACAACUGCUAGACAUAGA